AUGGCUCGUGUGGACCUCAAGAUCGUCGCGGGCGUUUCUCCCCCGCCGACAACAGCGACAACUGCGUCGAACUUAAAGCUGGGUGCUACAACUUCGAACUCCCCCACGCCAGGGUUCCUGCGGUUGACGUGUGGCGCGCCCUUCGAGGUCGCCUACAGGUUCAACUACAGCACGGCCGUCCCGACCGGAGAUUGGCUUGGAGUGAUCGCGUGGGGGGACGAACCCACCGCCGGCACCUGCAUUGUCAGGAGACCUUUCCUGGAAUCAAGCUCUGGAACGGUGUUCUUUGAAGAAGGCCCUCCUCUGCCCGGGAAGUACGCGGUACACGCCUUCUUGACCGAGUCCAACAACGCCGUGGCGGGAUCAACGGCCAUGUUCGAGUGCAUCAGCGGCUUUGGUGCCGAGGAAGCCCGUUGUUCCAGGAAUGGGCGCGAAUUCACUCUUUACCUGUCGACACGGUGGGACAUGAUGCUAGAGCGCGCCGCCUUCAGGGAUGCGGCUGCACCCGCUCUCAAGCAAAUGCUGGAUGCAAGAGGCGUCACCUUUGGUUUCAUAGAUGCGCGAAGUGACUUGGACGUCGAGGACCUGACCACUCCCAGGGGGGUCGAUGCAGUCCUGGAUGGAAUCAGAAGGUGUUGUCCGUACUUCGUGUGCUGCCUCGGGGAGCUGAACGAUGUUGAGCUCGGAGCGGAGAGCGUGAACGCCUCCAUUCUUCAAGGAAACCCGUGGCUCAAGAGAGUUCUGCUUUCGGAUUCGCCGGCAUUGACGAACUCCAGUGACCGAGAGAAAAAACUGGUGCGCGCCGGGCGCAUGAGGGCGGCGGCGGCCAUGCUUACCGUCACGGAUCUGGAAGUUCUGUCCGGUUUUCUGCUGCCCGUGUUGCAAGAAACCAUACAAGCCGAGAGUGGGUCCUGCACCACGGCUGGUGUUACGCGAGCGCGGCUAGCGGCAGUGCCGGGAGGGGCCGCCCGACACUCCUGCAUCGUCAACGCCCUCGCCGACUUUCGAAGGCUCGUCUCUCAACAAGACAGAGAGGGGGGCGAUGGGCACGAUGAAGAAGUUGCCGGCGAUGGAAACGGCAAGCCUGUUGCAGCGGACGCUGGGCACGGUUGUUCCGAAGCGAGGAUUCAUGACGGAACACGCCUUCUUCUACACUCGUGCCGCGUGCCUUCGCAGCGAGCUCCACCCUACCCAAAAAAUGACCUUUCCCGAGCGAUAGACCGCUUGUACCCGAUGCACACGGCCCCGGAUCGUCUCGACUACGUCUCCCUCUUCCCGCACGCGUCGGCUCGGAACCUCCUCAACGCCGCGGUCGUCAAGCUCCCCGUCGUCCGCUACCGGGGUUUCCGGCCCGAACCCUCCGCCGUGACCGGCGGCGUGCUCGCAUCCCCGGGGCUCGCAGUCUCCCCCGCUGCUAGCACCGCCGUUACGGCCGCUACGGCGGCUGCGGCCGCCGCUGCCGCGGCGUCGGCGGCGUGGCGGUUACAGCAGCGCCUCGAGUUUAUUCCGUUCGAGGAGAGAGUCAAGAGGAUGUCGGGCGAAGCGCAAGGGGGUGGAGAUAUUAGCUCCGCCGCUGCGGCCCAUGCUGCCGCAGCCGAUGGGGGGACUGCAGCAGCGGUGCGUGUCGAUCUCAGCUUGGGAAGUGACGGCCGCCGAGGUACCGCUAGGUCCCUCGGCACAACGCCGGCGGAAACGGGCAGCGAAGGUACCCGUGAUGGUGCGGCCGGCAGCGGUGCUGCGCCGGCCUCAACGCCUGCAGUCGCGGCGAAGAGGCUUGCCGUCGUGCUGGCAGAUUACCUGGGAGACAAAACAACGAUAGGCAUGGUUGUAGUCGAUCAGCCCGGCACUGGACUCACCACCGCCUUGCUCGGCUUUUUAGAGUGGUACUGCAGGGGGCAGGUUGCGGGAGGUCGAAAGGGGGUGACGGUCGUCGAGUCGCUAGACAGGAUCCCACAGUACGGCCGCUGCAACCUGUCGCGAGCAGUGAUUUCGAGGCCUCGGCUGGUCUCGCGCAAUUUGAAUGACGGAGGCCUGGCUGAUGAAACGGUGGAACGGCGAACACUGGUGGUGCGUGUGGAUUGCCGGGACCCUUGCCAUGGCCGCCUUGAUAAAGCGCACCUAGUGAACUACCUAUCCUGUGAGAUAAUCCGGACAUUCGGCAUGCCCUACAAAAUGCCGGACAAGCCCGGUCUCUCUAGCAGGUAUCGUAUCUAUAACUGCAGGCUCGACAUGUUUAUUUUUAACCUCUAUGGUACAUAUCAGUGGCGAAGAGGCGACGCAACGAAUGUCGGUACGCUCGAGUUGAGAUGUCGCGCGCUGUGGGUAGAAAGAGCUGCAGUUCGUGAGCGCACCCACUGGAAGGAACUGAAACCCUUAGCACUAGGAAAUGGUGGACACCACGAAGGAAAGAAGGUCCACGGGAUCGUGAGUGAACAAACCUCAGACAACCCUCGGGAGCACAACCACGACGACGACGAAGCUGCUGUAGACCCUCAAGACCAGCUUGCCGCGGAUACCGCGGCCCCUUCGGGCACAAAGAGUGGUGGGGGCACCAUGGCCGUGGCUGCUGCGACGUCCGGCGGGAAGGGAGGGAAGGAGGGUGGGCGGACAGAGAUAGGACCGGAGGUUCUAAGGCGAUGGUUCGAUGUUCUUCGUGGACACGGAGAUUUGGUUCUCGUCAUCGAAAACCCGGACGCCCUCGUAACUCCCGAGGAGCGGGCCGCCGCUUCCCCAGAGCAAGUGCCAAACCCGCUGGCGUGGCUCCCUCCAGAGCUGCCGCCGCAUGUCAAGGUUAUCACGACAUGCUCAACGGGGAGCUCUUGCCAGCAGCUUCUGUGCGGGGCCGAGGGCUGGGGGUGGCACAUGCUAAGAAGGAAGGCCGGUCUGGAUGCCGACACCAAGGGUCAGGUGAUCGAUGCGGUGUUGAGGAAGCACGGCGUCGGCUGUAUGCUGGACUGGGUGGAGUCCGACCUCGUCCUUAAGGAGAAAACCGCCAACAUUCAGUUUCUGGUAGGAGUGACGGAAGCUCUCUGCUACAGCGGCAAGCUGGCUCGCUCCGGGCUCCCUCCCGGUCUCCACACAGCGGCUAGCGCCGGCUCGAGACCCGCCUCGCCAUCGUCGGUAUCUUCGGCAGCUGCCUGCCGCUCAAAUUCUGGUUCUUGUACUAGCGCCGGUAAGGGCGAAAAUUGCGACGGCGGUGGUGGCGGCGGCGGCGGCCUGAGCGACGCAGACGUGGCCAGCCUACGCGGGGCGGCUGCCUCGAUGAUGCACGAGGAGUCGGCGAUUGGUGUGGCGAGGCUUCGGAUCCGCCAGCUGGUGUCUAUCAAGGGUCACCGGGGAAGUUUGCUGCGCGCGGCCCUGUGCCUGGUUCGCCUUUCCCACGCAGGCCUGUCUGUGCUUGAGCUGAGUGCCGCGCUACGCCACAUCUUAGAACGCUACAAGAGUCAACGCCAUCAACAUCACAAGCCACCGCCGUACACAAAUGUUACGGCGUCAGCCGCGGGGUCGGGGACGGGGGGGCGAAAUACUGGUAGCAGCAACAAGGGGCCAGGAAACAGCAGCAACGUCCACGACAACACCAGCAACAACGGCAAUAACAGCAACUCAAGCAACAGCAACCCGUCCUCUUCCCAAACAACGACCACGGCAUCAGCAAGAGAACCACCAGCGAGAGAGGCAGCGGUGGCCACCCCAACGACACGGCAAUCCCCCGCCUCUACGUCGCCACAGGCCACAGGGAGCCCUGAAACUCCCCCGAACCCCGGCGCCUCUGCCGAUACCACGAAAGACAGGAACAACGACUCCGGUCUUCCGGACGCACCGCGAAAGUCUGUAACUACAACCGACACAACGGCGACGACGGCAACGAAGAAGAACACUACCACCUCCGAAGAGGUAGGAGACGCGUCGAUGGCGCACGCAAGCUCGACGGAGGUGGGAGGAGGAGGGAAACCCGGGGCGGCGACGGCGCCGACGGCAGCGGCGAAGCAACCGCCAGAGAGGGGGGGCAAAGGGGCGGCAGCACUGGGGGAGCAUGGCCUGACCAGCUCCAGCCCUAGGGCUGAGCGGACCCAGAGGCCGGCCUUCGGGCAGCAGGACUGGAGGGCGCUCGAGCCCGACUUGAUGCAGUUCUGUCACAAGGUGCUCGGUCGUUUCGUCCUCCGCGACUUCGUGACCGUGACGGCGGUGGACUUGGAGUGCCUGGAAACCCGGGAUAAGUUCGUGGUGUUGGCAGACAGUUUCGCCAAGGAUUUGCCCGGGGUGCGCCGCGCGGAGGAGCAACUCGCCGCCCUCGCGGCUAUUGUCGUCCUUUCGACCCACGGCGGGGUGGAAGCUCCCCGGCGGGCGUCUCGGCCUCACAGGGAAAAACUCUUCACCGCCUUGGCCGACGUCGAGCUCCUGUACGCCAUGAACGGCAGCAAAAGCACCUUCGAGGAGUACUACAACGUCGUCUCCCACAAGGCGAUGGGCUUCCACGGGAGAAACCACCGUGAACACUACCAACACCAAGCGCGGGCGGCGGCGACUCAUGACCUUCUGUACACGGUGCACGGACUAAAGCACCCCGUAGCAGCGCGCCAGCCUGGCGGUGGUGGCGGAAGUGGCGGCGGCAAACCCGUCGGCGGCGGGCUUUCCGAAUUGUGCAAGGUGCUGGCAGCGCGCCGCCGGCAAAAGCAACCGCCUCCGCCGCCCUUGACUCGUGCGGGGGCCUUGCGCCUGUUGGAGGCCGCGAAACUUGUGCUGGAGAGAUUGGGAGACGCGGAGGAGACCAUGAACCUCGCGGAAUCUGCCUGGGCGCUAAUGUUCGGGUGA